UGAAUGGACUGUAAAUAGGAACCAAUGAGGAGCGGGGGGCGGAUAUAAAAGGCUGAGAGCCGCUUUAAUCCGCAGCAGCAGCAGCAGCAGACCCAGACCCGCUCCAGACCAGACCACAUCACCGCAGACUGAACCGACAGGUCAGCAGUCCCGACGUCAUCAUGCCUUUCGGAAACACCCAUAACAAGCUGAAGAUGAACUACUCAGCGGAGCAGGAGUACCCUGACCUCAGCAAGCACAACAACCACAUGGCCAAGGUGCUCACGCCCGAAAUGUACGGCAACCUGAGGGACAAGGAGACGCCCAGCGGAUUCACCCUGGACGAUGUCAUCCAGACCGGUGUCGACAACCCAGGUCACCCAUUCAUUAUGACGGUGGGCUGCGUCGCCGGAGACGAGGAGACAUACGAGGUGUUCAAAGAGCUGUUGGACCCAGUGAUCGAAGACCGCCAUGGAGGAUACAAACCAUCAGACAAACACAAGACGGAUCUGAACUCUGAAAACCUGCAGGGUGGAGACGAUCUGGAUCCAAACUACGUUCUGAGCUCCCGGGUUCGGACAGGACGGAGUAUUCGUGGCUUCUGUCUGCCACCACACUGCAGCCGUGGAGAACGACGCGCCAUCGAAAACCUCUCCAUCGAAAGUCUGGACAUCCUGGAUGGAGAUUUAAAGGGCAAGUACUAUGCUCUGAAGAACAUGACGGAGGAGGAGCAGCAGCAGCUGAUCGAUGACCACUUCCUGUUCGACAAGCCCGUCUCCCCACUGCUGCUGGCGUCCGGCAUGGCCCGCGACUGGCCCGAUGGCCGUGGCAUCUGGCACAACGACAACAAGACCUUCCUGGUUUGGGUGAAUGAGGAAGAUCACCUGCGCGUCAUCAGCAUGCAGAAAGGAGGCAACAUGAGGGAGGUGUUCACCCGCUUCUGCACCGGACUCACCAAGAUUGAGGCCUUGUUUAAGGAGCGGGGUCAUGAGUUCAUGUGGAACGAACACCUGGGCUACGUCCUCACCUGCCCGUCUAACCUGGGGACGGGACUGAGAGCUGGAGUCCACGUCAAACUGCCAAAUGUCAGCAAGCACGAGAAGUUUGGAGAGAUCCUGAAGAGGCUGAGGCUCCAGAAGAGAGGAACAGGUGGCGUGGACACAGCGGCAGUGGGCGGAGUCUUUGACAUCUCCAAUGCAGACCGUCUGGGUUUCUCGGAGGUGGAGCUGGUUCAGAUGGUGGUGGACGGUGUCAACCUGCUGGUGGACAUGGAGAAACGCCUGGAGGCCGGAGAGAGCAUCGAUGACAUGAUGCCCGAGCAGAAGUGAACUGUGUCACUGUAACCUCUGACACCCCCCCUCACCCCCUCACCCCCCCUCACCCCCUCACCCCCUCACUGUAAUCAAUCAGAACCCGUCCUGAACCAACAGGACGUUUAGAGCCGCUCAGUUAGACUUCAGUCUUCCAACAUGUGAAGGAUUUUCUAUUUCCUGUCUCCACCUGUUGGACUCAUCUAACACCUGAAAUAUCUAAUAAAGUCUCUGUGGCCCCAACUAAA